CUAUAAAACAGCUUUCUUGCCUAUUGUGUUGAUGUAGUCAAGAAAUACAUGCAGUAAAGUACAGAGACGGAGAUGGAGGAGUGAGGCGGGACCGGUUUGUGUGGCUGCUGAGAAACGUUUGUCUUGCGGGUUGCGAGCAAACUUUGUGAGGAGAUUUAUUUGUGGCGGGGUCUGCCGAUGACAAACAACUGAAACUGUAACUGUCGUGUUUUGAGACGCAACAGUGCACAUAAACAACAUAAACUUUUUUUUAUUAUUUUUAUGCUCGAAAAAGAAACGGCAGUUCCGAAAUUAUUCUUGCGAGUCGUAUAUCUGUUCUCUCGUCACAGUUUCAACAUAAGCGGGACAAUAUUAGGAGAGGUAUCUUGCUGACUAGGUUUCCGUGAAGUUGACGCGGCUGAAAUGGGAGCGCGUGACGGGCGCUCGGUGUCUGCGGUUCACCGGAGCUCUUUCCUCCUGUGGACGCUGCUGCUCAUACUGUGGCUGACCUGCGUUCAGGGAACGUGGGGACCCGGAGUUUACAAAUACCAGACCGGGACAGCACUUCACAAAGAUCAGUCCAAGAGGAACUGGUGUCCGCAGACAGUGACUAAAACAGUGACCUGUCAGGUGCAGAAUGGCACCACUCUCCAGAGAGUCUAUCAGACCUGCAGGUGGCCUCAGGGUUGCAAUGGAGGAAGCUAUCGCACUGUGGUCCGGCCAUCCUAUAAAGUCGUGUACCGCACCAUCACCUCUCUGGAGUGGAAAUGUUGUCCUGGAUACAGCGGAUCUCAGUGUGAGGAAGGAUCAUCAAGUAACCUGGUUGCCCAGGAGGCUGUAAGAAAACAGGCUACACUUCUGAAAGCUGCUUCUAAAACAGGAGAACAUAUCUCAAACUGUCUGAAUUGCAGUCGUAUCACAGCCCUCACAGAUCGUGUUAGCUCUCUGGAGGCCAAGGUGCAACUUCUUACCGCCCCUGUCUCCACCUCUCAUCGACAGACGCAGUUUAAAAAUGAACCUGACUCCUCCUUCCUGAUGGGGGCACCACCUGCCAAAGGUUCUCCUGGGGCCCAGGGUCCAGCAGGUCCACAGGGCGAGAGAGGCCAGGAUGGCUUACCUGGUAAAGAGGGUAAUCCAGGGUCUCGAGGUCUGCCAGGACCCAAAGGUGAUGCGGGCAACAGAGGUCCAACUGGGGCUCCAGGGUCUAAAGGAACAGCUGGUCUUCCAGGUCCGCAGGGACCACCGGGCCUCCCAGGAGAGAGGGGCCUCCCUGGGCCACCCGGGCCCCCCGGACCACCAGCCCCUGUACCUGAACAAGAUGGCCUGAAAAAAGACAGUCUGCUUCAUAACAACUUUCCCGACCUCCGAGUGACCCCUUCACAUGGACCACCAGGUCCAGCUGGACCCACGGGUCCUCAAGGACCGAUGGGACCCAGUGGACCACCAGGCCCUAUGGGACAAACUGGAAAGCCGGGACCUCCUGGUUUGCAAGGCCCUGUGGGACCAAAGGGCGAACGAGGCGAAAGAGGACCUCUUGGAUAUCCAGGAGAGAGAGGGUUCAAAGGAGAGCCGGGAGUGCCGGGACCUAAAGGAGAGCCGGGGGAGAAAGGUCUUCCGGACUUUAAUUUGAAGAAGUUCCAAGACUUGCAAGCUGACUUAGAGCUGCUGGCUCGCAGGGUGCAGCUGCUGGAGGCGAUCAUCUGGCCAGAACCAGAUCUAGGAUCAGGAGAUGACCUCUUUGGCACACCGUCUCCAGAUGCCUACCGGAUUAAGAGGGCAAGAAUUUCAUCUUUCCGACUCAAUUCUCCCUUAAUCACUGCUGAGACCAAGGUUCGAGGGAAGUAGUCUGCAUAUUCCAAAGAGCGAAGCCAUCGUUUCCAUCUCAAUUUCAUCAUCCAUAAAUCAGCUGAACUGGCAACAACUACACAAGUCUCCUGAGACACAUACAUUCUACAGAUCCAACCGCUUUGGAAUAUUCCGGUUAAUCAAGAAGGGGGAGACACCUCAGGGAAGAACAAAUGGUGCUGUAUAAAUUAACCACCUCUAAUGGGACUCACGGGUUCCUAGCACCUCUCCUCUGGCAAAUCAUUGUGGUUUGCCUUCAUGUUGUGUCACACUUAUGGCAUAACCAACAGAAUUAGUCUCAGAAGAAAUUUGUCAACCUAUUGUAAGAUGCUCGUUUUACAUGAAAAGGAAACAUGUUUUAAAAUACGAUAUACAGAAACAGUAUUGGUGCUUGUACAACUAUUUAACAAAAUUUUGGGUAAGAAGGAUACAAAAUGUGAUGAAGAUGAAGAACGUUUUUAGUAGAGCAUCAAACCAUAUUAUUAGUCUUUCCAGCUGCUGUUAGGAGCUCAUAGUAAAUUCAGCAAAUGUACUGUAUGACAAAAAUGCACAUAAUGAUUCUGCUAUUCAGCCAAACGCCACACUUUCCCCACUGAUAAAAAAACUACUCCUAUAACUUGAAUUCUGUUUUGUAUUUCAUGCAUGUCUUUCCAUCACAGUUACAUGCGCAUGCAUAGGACUGGUUUCCUUCCUCAAUACCUUUCCAUGUCUUUGUAUUCCCAUAUAAAUAUUGUUGUAUUAAUUAUUUAUAGAUUAGCAAUUGAUGUUUUCCUUAUUCUGUAUACUAAUCCAUGUAACGUCACCUGUAUUUUUCCAUUUCUAGCCUCUUUGUGUGGAUUUGUCUUGCCAGUGUGCAGAGUCUUAUCAAUUGGUGUUAAAACGAAAUAAACUUUGUUGUGUGUUUCUAUUUUUAAGACGAUCCAUGUUUUUAUCAAUACACAAUCCUACCUGAACGUUUAAUUUGUAAUAUUUUAAUGAAGGAUAUUCUGUAGCCAAGAAACCUUGACUAAAAUACUGACAUAUGCGCAUGACUCUCCUGGACUGACAGUCUGCUCAUGUGGAUUUAAUGACAGCAUAUCCGUGGAGAGGUUUCUUGGAACGUCCAUGUCUCAUCCACUGGGACAGUUUGGUUGCUGUAUAGUGUUUUUCCAUUCUUUAAACUUUCAUCAUAAAAGCUGCCAACACCAUAAUAUAAAUAUAUUAUUUUCCACACCACCCAUAAUCCACUGGAUUUUUUUGUUGCACACCCAAAAGUCAUGAAGUAGUAAAUACACAGUAACAGUUCACCAUGCAGAUUGAUGCCUUGCUUAAAGUAAUAGUUCACCAAAAAAU